GUCCCGUUCUUGCCCUCACCCAAAAUGGCCGCGGGCGCCUCCGUCCAUCCCUGAGGCGGGACCAGCGCUGAGGGCGCGGGACGCGGAGGCGGCCGAGGAUCCCUUCAGAACGGGGCUGGAGGCCGGGCAGUGAGGUUUCAUGAGUCAAACUGGGCUGUUGGGAGUUGCUGUUGAAGAUGUACAUGUUGGUUGAAAAACGCACAAAUUCCCAUCUCCACCUAAAGAGGUCACCUGGCAUCCGCUCCUGGUCUCUCUGUGUUGGAAUAGCCUCCAUAGGUUUGGCUGCUGCUUAUUAUAGUGCAGACAGCUUGGCAUGGAAGCUCUUCUACAUGGCUGGGUGUUUCUUUGUGGCAGCCCAGAAUCUGGAGCAGUGGGAGGAAGCUGUAUUUGAUAAAAACAAGGGAACAAUCUGCCUAAAAACAUUCAACCUCUACAAAAAAAUACUGACCUUGUCAAAAGGAGGCAACGAACAAGUGGUGGCCGUGCUGAGCGAGAUCCGCGAUGUGAACGUGGAGGAGGAGGCUGUGCGCUAUUUCGGGAAGGGUUACCUGGUGGUGCUGCGCUUCGUCACCGGCUUCUCCCACCCGCUCACCCAGAGCGCCGUGCUGGGCUGCAGAAGUGAUGUGGAAGCGGUUGCCAAACUCAUUACGAGUUUUCUGGAACUGGACAGAGUAGAGACCCCACAAGAUUUCUCCCAGAGCAGUGAAACAGAGGCAAGUGAUGCAGAUGAACCACAGGUUAAAUACUGAUGGUCAUUGUGAACUGAAGCAAGCAGAGGCUUUCACACAUCUGGAAAAUAUUUUGAUUGUUCUUCAGAACAAGAAACCCCUCACAACCUUGAUCUGGGCAUUUCUCAAUGUAUGCAUUUACAGCAGGUGGAAUCUGUCUUAGGGCCCAUAGUUUAGUGCUAAACUGCUUCAAGACCCUGCAUGUGGACACUGCUGGCCUUUGAACUUUUGUCACCUCAUCAAACUUGACUAGGAAUAGUUAUUUAUUAAUGAAUUGGUUUGAAAUAAUUGCUUUUCCAUUAAUGAAGAUACAGAUGUGAACUUCUGCUUACUGCAAACAUUUGCUGCAGGUACAGUAUAUGCAAUGUAGAAGAGUUGAAUUUGUAACUCAUAACACAAUGCUUUGAGGUUUCCCCUUUAUUAUAUGCAAUUAGGAGAUGCAGAGUAGUGGCACUUUUAUGUUCUCUGCUACUGACUUGCCACUGGAUAUCUGUGGAAAUUGAAGAGAGUGCCUCUCUUGGAAUUUUAAACAUCAGGUUAAUCAACUUGUAACUUGUAAGUGUCUUAACUUAUCUCAGAUUCACCAAGGAGCCAUAAAUAGGAAAGGAAAAAGGAUCAUGAUGAAACUUCUUUGGGAUGCUCUACCUUAAUCCUGUUCUGCUUAACUUCUGGGCAGGACAGAGCAAUCUUUUUCUAGACCUCAAUGUUUACUAUUUAAACUGUGUAUUUAGAAAGAAGCAGGGACUUGUGUAACUUUAGGUAGGGAAAAGACUGAUGUCAAGCAAGGUGGUAGCUUAGAGUUGUUGAGUAUUUCCUCACUUGAAAUGAUGCCCAAGUGCUAAAUAAUAACUUUUUUUAAGGUAGGUAGCAUAGACUAAAUGUCUGACUUGUACCUGUGUUUUACUCCAAGUGUGUGGUGUCCUCUGUUCUGACCAAUGGUUUCACAAAUAGUUAAAAAUACAUUUUUUUCAAGGUAUUUCUGAAGUAAAAGCUACCUCUGUAAGUCAACAUAUUGUGUCUAGAGCUAGAACUCCAUCAUGCUUACAUUAACAUGUCAGUACAAGAAAAAACUGUAAAAAGCUGCAAGCUCUUUUAGCAUGCUCCAGCUGCUUGUACUGAAGUUCACUAGGUUUUAUUUAGGAAUCUUAUGGUCUUUAGAUCUGAUUUAGAAAAUAUUUACACAGGUAAAUCUAGGAGAUGUGAACAGGUACUAGGUAACUGUGUUCUCUGCUUGCACGGUUGGCCAGCAGCAAAUGUCUCCUGGCAGCAGUUCCUUCAGAACUUAAAAGAGCCUGUGUUCUUGUUUCCAAUCACUCUACCUCUACAGAGAGAAGGCUCUGAAAAGUUUUUGGUGGAAGGCACAUCCUGUUGUGUGUUCAGUUUGGUGUGAAGCUGAGCACCUGCUCAUCAAAGAUUUCCCUUCCAGCUGUUCAGACCCAGGAUGUGAGCAGAGGCUGAGGCUGUCAGGGAAAGGUACUCACACUGCAGCAGGGUUGGUGGCUGUUGGUGUAGCUGCCUGCAGCACAGAACUAGGUCUGUUCCCUUUAAAUAAAAUAAAAAACUUGUUAUCAUGUCAGGUAUCAGUACAGAGCUCUGCCAAUACAUGUUCCUGAAAGUCCUCUGAGUCGUUGGGGUAAUUAUGAGGCUUUUGGUGCCUACCCCACACCACUGGAACUGGGAAGCUGCUGUUAGGGAAGUAUAUGAAUGUGGGAAAAUCAGGUUGCAAUUAGCUAAAUUUGCCUCUAUUCUCCAGCACAGCUGUAGGCUAAGCAUAAUCAUCAAACCUGUUUAAAAAAUAUUGCAGGGUGUAACACUUAAUGUAGAGUUCCUCAUUUAAAUCCACUGUAAUGUAUACCCCAGGUGAUGUUCAUUUUAAAGAGAGGAGAAUGACGUUGGGGAUUUGGAGAACUCUUUUUCCCCCACAGUGUUAAAUGAGAAUGGUGAGUGUUCUAAGGACUUCCAGCAGGAACUACUGUCCUGCUGUGUGUCAUGGUACAGUGUAAGCACAAGGGCUCAGCCUGUGCUAGCUGCUGCUUUGGAUCAAGGAUAUUCAGAGGGCAUUGUGCUGUGCAUUGCACUUAACUCUGAGCCCGUGGAGUGGACCAUGGAUAAACCAGAUAAAACUGCCUGCCUUCAGCCUCAGCUCUGCUGGCUUUCAUUUGUAUUCCCAUGAGAGCUGACAUUCCAUGGAAGAUGUAAAGCACACUGUAGUUCUCUAGUGAAAAAUCAGCUUUUGAGGGGUACAUCUAUUGGUCUGACCCUGCACUGCAUCCUGUGUGUGUCCUGCUUCUGCUGAGCUGCAGUGCAUCCAGCUUGCUGUGCAUUCAUGGUGUAAGUCAUGUCUACACUUACAGACUAUGCAAUAUCUUAGACAAAGACUAAAACAAUGUAAGGAAAAUUAAAAAUCUCUAGAAAGGGAAUGGCCUAUAGUGAGGUACAAUGUAACUCGAAAUACAUCCUGUGGAGUAAGUUGUAUGUUGGGGUGGUGUCAGUGAUCAUCUCUUCAGAGGUGUUUUGCAGUAUCCUCACUCCCUCAUUAUCCUGCUGUGUUAGGCAGCAGAGGGGUGGCUGCUGCCAUGCACUGUGUGUCUAGGAGGAAUUUUGCCUCCUCAGCCUUUCCCUUGGAGCAGCUGGUGCCAUCCUCUCAUGCCAUUUCCAUUUUGCAUUUGGCAGCUGUCACUGUACCAACAAGUCCAGUUCCAGUGGGGAUCUGUGUUCUGCAGUGUGAGCUAGCAGGAUGGGCCCUGAGGAUGUUCUCAGACCUGUGUUCUGCAGGAUGGGCCCUGAGGAUGUUCUCAGACCUGUGUUCUGUAGGAUGGGCCCUGAGGAUGUUCUCAGACCUGUGUUCUGUAGGAUGGGCCCUGAGGAUGUUCUCAGACCUGUGUUCUGCAGGAUGGGCCCUGAGGAUGUUCUCAGACCUGUGUUCUGCAGGAUGGGCCCUGAGGAUGUUCUGGCAGGCUCCUGUGGGGAUCAGGCACUGCUGGCUGAUCCACCCAGGAGCUUCUUGUGGCACUGAUCCAUCUGAGCCUGGCAGGGGACACUGCACCAGUGGUAGUACAGGCUGAUGGGCUUUUCUCUUGUGUUUCUCUUGAUCCACAUGUGGAGCUUCUUGCCCUCUAAUAUCAUUUUUAGCUGGAAGACAUGGCCAGAUGAAUGCAGUAACUGUGCAUGUAGAAUUCACCUGCAAUUGCUGUUCCCAUGGUUUGGUUGUGGCAGUGUCUGUGCACUCCUCAGCAAUGGCAGCACCUUGAGGAACUGAGGAAAGCAGGUGCAGCUCAGGACAGGGUCCACUUUCCCUCUUUGAUGAGUCCUCUCUCAUCCUCCUUUUGUGCCACUUCCCACCAUUCUGCUGAAGGCUUUCCUAGUUUUCCUCACUCCUCUUGGGCCAGCAAAGUCAAAGCCCAGUAAACAGAGCCUUACAUGUGCCUGCUGUGAGGUGAUUUAGACCCAAAGGAAUGACAUGAAAGACUCAUUUUUGUUAGGAAAUUCAGUACUCCUGAGGAGACUCCUACAGAUGUACUCAUUAACUUUUGCAUCUCAGGCUAUCUAGAGAGACUUGUGCCUGGACAGCUGUAGUUUGCAUGACUUAUCAGUGAUUUAAAAAGCUGCACAGCAGAGCUUAGAUCAGCUCUAACACCUAAACCAAGCCCUUUUGUCACCUCCUUCACUGCACCUGUCCCUUAGGUGCUCCAGGGCAGCACAGUGGCAGCUCCUUGCAUGGCUGUGGUGGGAUGGAUUGGGGCUGGGGCUGCUGCACUGCUCUGUGGCACCUUGGUGUAACCUCAUAUUCCAGUACUUCACAGUGAAAUAUCCCAUACCUGGCAUCAGUUGUGUAAGUCUCAAAGAAAAUCCAAAUAUUUAUAGCUGAGAUCUGAUUCUUGAGCUGCAUUUCUGAAGGUACACAGAUAGCAAAACCUCAGCUGGCUCCCAUAAUAAAUAGAGUGCUAGUUCUGACAGUGUCAUAGAUGGCUGGGAGGCAAAAAUACUUCUGGAAAAUGUUUAGAAAUUGCCUUUUUUUUUACUUUAAAAUUGCAAGUAGAAUUUCAGCAAGGCCUUGUUGUGUUGUCUUUUAAAAAAAAUGUUCAUUGAUAAAAUCAACUUUGAUAACUUGUUUUGCAUCGCUGUAGUAUUUUAUAUAUUGUUUUUAAUUAAAGUUAUUAAAAUACGA